GUGGUUUCGCGCCAGUCUGGUGAAACGACUCAGGCGAGGCGUCACCGCUGCGUACAAGCAGACGAUGGACCGGCGCGACGAGGGUGAAGCGAGGGCGUCAGAGUCUGUCAUGGACGGGUCGCAAACAGAACGAACACGAGGGACGUUUGGCGGGCGGCAGCGGUGGCUCCUCUCCGGGAGCUCCAACAUCGACUGCAGUUCUGUGAGUUCCCCCAAGAAAAGCACAUCCAAGAGCAAAGUCACAGCCCCGUCCGUGCAGUCUUUCCUCGGGUCGCUGGGCAUUGGGCUCGGGGAAGAGUUGCAGAUGGUUGACAAGGAAGCCAACGAAGUCGCUGCAUAUCGCCGAGAGUACGACACCAUUCGCAGCAACAACAUGAAAAAGGAGCUCGAAGUCAAGAAACUGCAAGAAUCGCUACAGGAAGUUACCUCGCUGCUGUCGAGCCGCAAAGUGGACGGCGUGACGAUUCAAUCGAAAGCCAUGAACCUCGAGAAUCGAUCGUCGUCUAUCGAGAAUAAACUCGAGGAAGAAACUGCCGACAAAGGCGUGUACAUGCACAUGAUUCAACGACUAACGGUCGAAGUGCAAGCUGGGAAGAAGCAGAGCUCCCACAAAGAAAAGGAACUACAGAGUCUGGAAAUUGACCUUACGGCCGGAAACGCGACGCUGCAAGCUGCCCGGCAAGAGAAAUGUGCGGCGGAAGCGCUGCACAAGAAGCUUGCCAAAACGCUCAUGGACACGCGGGAAGAAAACGCGCGGGCACUGGAAGAUCUACAUGUGGCGAUCGACACGACGCGAAAAAAGUACGAGCUCCACGAGCAGCGCGAGAGCAGCCGGCGCAAGAUUGCCCAGAACGUGACGGGUGAGCAAUCGGCGCGCGAGAUGAAGCGGCUUCGUCAAGAAAGCCAGACGCAAGCGAUCCAGUUUACGCAAAUUCAGAACGAGCUCAUGACGACCGAUGCCAAGCUUCUUACGUUGGAGGCGGACCUGCGACGCCUGAGUGAGGCUGCUGGCACGAACGAUAUCGACAAGAUCAUUGCCAAGUACUUGUCGCGCGAAGAAACGUUGCGCAACCUCAAAGAGGAGCACGCAAUCACAGACGCGAAGAUGCGCAAGCUUCGGGACAACUACAAACAACUUCAGGAACAACUAGCGACGCUGCGCGGGGCGACCAUGAACACGCGCGGCAUUUACCAGGAGAUGGACGAUACGGCCGAGAAACUCAAGGACAUUGAAAAGAACGCGUCGGCGCUGCAAGAGCGGUGCAACCGGGCGAAUGUGUUGCUGGACGCGUUCCGAAGUUGCAUGAUAAAGUGCAUGGCCAAACUCAGCACCGUCCGCGGAUCCCUCGAGAUCGACGCCGAUGUCGACUUUCACAGAGCCAACGAAACAUCCACGACGGAGCUCGUGCACUUGGUGGAGCAAAAGCUUGGCCGUAUCCUGGACGUGAUCAACCGCGAAAAGGCCGAGCAUGAGCUGCAUCGUUCGGAAGCGAUGAAUGCAAGCCAUACCGGGAUGGCUGGCGGCGACGACAAACGCAACAAUAGCCUCGCUCAACCGUCGCCGAGCGAGACAGAGGAGCACUUUAUCCUGCGUGUGUCGACGGCCGAUAAUUCGCAGGGCAACAUCCGAGUGCGCCCCAAGAGCCAGCCCAAGGGGUCAAAAGUCGCCAAGAUUCUUCGCCACAAUUCCCAACGCGACUCGCUCUCGAUCUCGCCGACCAAGGACAAGGUGUCCCGGGACGAAGACGACGCAAUGGCACCCGCCAUGGCCUCGUCCACUGUCGCUGCCGAGGACGACCCGAUCAUCGACCGAACCAUGCGAAAGAAACUCGUCGGUCUCGUCCUCAAUCGCGGCAAACGGGUCAAGAAAGGCACGACCAACAACGAAAAGGUGUAAGCGCCACAGCCCAACGAACUUGCCAUAAUCUACUUGUGCCCAUAACUUGUUGCAUGAAUGACGCAGGAUGGAGCCAGCAUGACGUAGCUAUGCAGAUUUGUGUAGUUAG